AAGUUAUAUAUUUUGUAUUGCAUAUAAAGGGGGUUUACUAGCUCUUUCUUUUGUCCUCAUGUGUAGGUGCAUGUUUAAAUUUAUGUAUACCUCAGCUGGGAGGUGCAAUGGCCCAGUGGUUAGUCAUAGGAUUGCGGUUUCGAUUCCCAGACCGGGCGUUGUGAGUGUUUAUUGAGCGAAAACACCUAAAGCUCCGCGAGGCUCCGGCAGGGGAUGGUGGCGAACCCUGCUGUACUCUCUCACCACAACUUUCUCUCACUCUUACUUCCUGUUUCUGUUGUGCCUGUAAUUCAAAGGAUACACGUGUCUGUGGAGUGCUCAGCCACUUGUACGUUAAUUUCACGAGCAGAUCAACUAGAACCCUCGACGUCGUAAGCGACGGAAUGCCAACACACAUACCUCAGCUAGUAUUUGGGUAUUUUGAAAAUACUUCACAGAGUGACAACCAUAACCUGCAUAGUUACGGGUUGCCCUGACAAGGCAUAGCAUGAACCAACAGUGCUGGAAUUGUCGAUCAAUGGUCAGGAUGAUCAAGCUCUCUCAAGAGAGUAACUAAACGCAUCCAUAAGGGUGGUUUCCAUAGUUGUGUAAUCAGCUAAUCAAAGGUUCACUAUGAUUCAAGCUCCUAUUCAAAUUCAUGAUAAUGGAAUUGGAUGGCAACAGAGAGUCGUGGGAAUCCAGGAAAGUAUCUUGACCAAAGAGAGAAGGCAGUUAAUUUAAGUCAGAGUUACAGAACAUGUGUGUGGUUCAGAAGCUCGUUUUGCAACCCCAUGGUUUCUGGUUCAGUCCCUCUGUGCAGUACCUUAAGCAAAUUUCUUCUAUGAUAGUUUCAAGUUACCAAUACCUUGAGUAGAUUUGAUAGAUGGGAGAUGUGUGGAAGCUUGUCAUGUGUGUGGGUGUGGUAUGCAUGUGUGUGUGUGUUUUUGUGUUUGUUACCCCUAUCCCACCAUUUGACAACCAGCAUUGGUUGUUUACAUUCCUGUAACUUAACAGUUCGAUAAAAGACUGAUAGAAUAAGUACCAGACUUUAAAAACUAACUACUGGGAUGGAUUUGUUUGCCUAAAACCCUCUGAGGUGAUGAUGCAGCUUGGUUGCAGUCCAAUGACUGAAACAAGUAAAAGAUAAAAGAAAAACUAGCAGGUUAUAGUGGAAAUGAAGUUAGAAACUGGCUUCGAAUGCUGUUAAAACAAAACAUUAAUAAGAACAGUAUAUUAUCAAGGUAUGAUGGACCUGUAACAAAAGGGCAAAAUAAAGACAGUGGACAUACUCCUUUUUGGGAUGCUGUUCUCAUCACAACUGCUGACGAAGAUCAGAAACAAGGUUAUCAGCUCCAGAUUGAAGCAAAAGUGAAGAGAAACGAGUUACCUCUUAACCUAGAAAUCCAUGUGAUUUCUGACCCACCUGGUGUUAAACUAGGAAAUGGUGGUGCCACGUUUACAGCUUUGUCUUUCCUGGAAAAAUUCUAUGGUGAUAAAUUCUUUUCUAUGAAAAUCCUGUUAAUUCAUGCUGGUGGUCUUAGCAAACGCCUUCCAAGUAACAGCAUACUUGGUAAGAUCUUCUCUGUUCUUCCUUGUGGAAUCCCAUGCUACCAGAUGCUUGACAUAAAACUUGCUCUCUACUGGCCUUUUGUACCAAAAAUGAAUCCUGGAAUAUUUUUGACUUGUGCAGAUGACAUUAUCACAUACAACAUGGACAAUGAAGGUGACUGGUCUCUUAAAGCUGAAGGUUUCACUGCACUAGCCCAUCCAUCCCCCAUUGAAGUUGGAACUGGACAUGGUGUGUACAUUGUAAAAGAGAAAAGAUCAGUAAAUGAAAAUGUGCAAUUAGCUGAAUGCACAACAGUUUUGCAAAAGCCAUCUGUUGAGACAAUGAGUAAACUAGGUGCUGUGAUAUAUAACGAAAAUGAUACCAAAAACUCUAUUGUAUAUACAGACAGUGCAUACUUCUUCACAAGUUCAGUUUCUAAGAUGCUUCUAACUUAUGCCAAGAGCCAUGGACCUUUCAAUUGUGAAAUUGAUGCUUAUGGUGAUUUUCUACAAGCUCUUGGUACUGAUCCCUUAUCUGAUUAUGUGAACAAUUUGCAGAAUAUUACUACAGCAAGUGGAGAUCUGCUUAAUACAAGGAAGGAAGUUUUCAAGCUUUUGAAAGGCACACCUUUAAACCUAAUUAUUUUGAACUCUUCUCAGUUUUUCCAUAUUGGCUCAAUGCCAGAAAUGUUGCAUAAUUUUUGCAAAAGUGAUAAUUUCAAGAUUGGUCUUGGUUUAAGCAAUGAUUCAUUUAAUGUUUGGUUAGAUGAACAAUCAGAAGAACCGGAGCCUGUCGCUAAGAGAAGUCAUCUUAAAGGUAAAAAUGAGGGAUGUUUGAUUCAUUCAUUAUUACCUGUUGGAAGUUGUAUUUCUUCAUUAGCAGUAUUAGAGUUUUGUAAUUUUGAUUGUUUAAUCCAUGUUUCAAAGAACUGUUUGCUGAGCAACUGUGAAUUCCUUGGAUCCAUUUCUGAGGAAUCAAAAAUCACAAUCCCAGAAAAUACCUUUAUGCAUACAAUACCUGUUAUUGUCAAGGACAAUUUAAAGUAUGUAACUAUUAUCUUCCACAUUAAAGACAAUCUUAAGAAGUGUGUGCCACUUACAGACUUUGCAAACAUCCCAUUUUUGGGGGAUACUUUAGGCAAAGCUGUAGAUAAAUUUAGUAUUCCAAAAUCUCAGGUUGUUUCAGAUAAAAACCAACCAGAGGUUAGUUUGUGGAAUGUUGAUAUUUUCCCACUUGCGGACACCAUGUCGGAGUCUUUUCAACUGGCAUUAACUAUGUUAAUGUCUUUUAAUGAUGAUCGCAAGGCCUUAAACCUAGAAUCUUAUCAAUUAGUUUCCAUCAACUCUAUCCUCAAAUAUAAAGCUAUUCACGAAAUGCUGAAAUAUAGACAAAAACUAUUUGAUAAAAUUAAUGUUCAGUAUUAAAUUUCUUUCCUCUACAUAGUAUAUUUACUUUAGAGCAUAAUAAAAAUAAUGAUUUGGAGAUAGAAAUCAGAUGAAUGUGGUAUCUCAAAGCUACAUUACGUAUUCUUAUUAGAGCAGUAGGAAUGGUAUUUAAAGGUGCAAACAAAUAUGUAGACCAAAUUCUUGGCAGUGAAUUGCAAAAGAUCAUACUUGUGGGUACCUCACUUAUUUCAUGUGACUCCGUCUCCAUGCAAAUGCAGUCUUACUCAUUCAGUGUUGUUGAUAAUUUUAUAAAGAAAUUUUUCUUUUAUACACACAGGCAUCAUCUUUUCCAAUUGCAUGGCAACUCGUCCAUUUGCCACUUUUAGAUGCAAAAAUUUGUCUCUUGACAUCUCUGAUUGACACUUGACUGCAAUUCAGAUAAAUUAAAGCAAUCGCAGAAUGUAAUUAUAGUAAUAAUAGUGUUCCUAUCAAAACCGAUUUUUAAAAUUUCCAUAGCGUUUUAAGAUUUCUAAAUAUUUGGGGAGAAAUUCUUUUGAUAUAUUUUUCUUUUCGUUUGGGACAUUCUAAUUUUUAAAAUCUUUGGUAUAAUGGAAUAUUUCCUAAAUAUAUCAAGCCAAACUGUUGUACAUUUAAUGGGGGUUUUUCCCUACAAAUGUUUAUUUGGGUAAUAUUUUUGACUGAAGGUCAUAAUGACAUUGGGUUGGAUAAAUUGUGAUAAAUUUGUGAAGUGUCAUACUUCUCUCAUUUCUGCCCAUUGUCAUUAAACUUGAGUCAGUCGGAUGUUCAAGAUGGUCACUUGACCUGCUAGAAAUAGCAGCUAAACAUCCUUCUAGUAGCACUCUAUCAUCUUAAAAAUGUGUGUGAAGUGUUUUAUUCUUCACUAGUUGUGUAGCUAGAGUGUGUCCCAUCUUGGAACAGACCCAAGGGGUGCCCCCACCCCCGGAUUCUUAUAUAGGGCAGACACCCUCCCCCAACUCGACCUGUUAGAAAUAGCAGUAAAUCAUCCCUGUAAUCACAUUCUACCAUCUGGUAAAAGGAACUGGACAAUGUAAUUCUAAAUAUACUAUUUUUAAAUAACCAGUGGGAUGGUCAUGAUUGGAAUACCUUUGAUCAUAGGUCUUCAUUAUCAGGCCUGAUACAUACUGUUAGAGAUAAGCAAAUGUCUCUUCUAAUAUUUUUUUAAAGUUUUUACUCUAUUUUUGUUAAAAAUAAAUUUUUAAAAUGUUA